AGUUGGCAAGACAGCGAAAACAGAUCUGGGACCAGGCUACACUUUUCCUGCCUGCCAUGUUUGCAGUGAGUAGCGCGGCCCCACAACAAGUAGUGCCAUUACCGUGGGAGUCAUCUGGCCAAUGGAAUGAAUUCCUCAUAUUGGCAACACCUAGUGACCGACCAGCCAACCACCGCUCGGGUCAGCUCGCUUCUUGCUGCUCGCACCCGCUGGCUUGCUCGCUAGCCUGCCUCAUUCUGAAUAUUCUUUGAAUAUUCCCUAAGGAUGAAGUAGCCUGGUCCCAGAUCUGUUCUGGCAAGACAGCACAAUAGGAUCUGGGACCAGUCUACAGAUAAAUUAUAUCUGUGGCAGGAAGGUGUGAUUACUGUUAUUUGGUGAUGAGUCGUACAAGCAAUGUGUCGCUCUGCACACACAAGCUUGUUAGCUAGCUAGCUUCUCUGGUCCCAACGUUAAGCCAACUCUGAAGUUCAAAGUCAUUAAAAGUUCCUCCAUAGGUAUAAUUCUGGGGGCCUAAUUCCGAUAAUGCAUGUCAUCACAAGAUGCCCAGAGCUUCAAGCCAAGCCUCCUCCUGCACGCUAUCUCGAUCUCACCCCACCCGCAAAAUUUCAAUUGCAUCUCACACCCUACACUUGUCUUUCUAUCACGCAUGUAAACAACUCACUGAGCUAUAGCUCACCAGCUCCACAGCAAGCUGCUCUAUCCGUACUGCACGAUUGGUGAAGUAAUUUAAUGUCGAGCUAAAUGUUAAAAAAUGUUUAUAUCGUUUCUUUCUGUUCCUUUUGAAACCUCUGUAAUCAGAUUUUUUGUACGUUUAGCUCGACAUUAAAUUACUUCGAACCGGAUCAAAACUUUAUUUUGCUGGUAGGAAAAGUGGAACAGAACGAAAAAAUUUAAGCUUCUGUUCAGAACGAAAUCAUUGGAAAAUAAUUUUGGUUCCAACCCCUGGUACUUUUAUUCUUGCUCCGAUCUAGACUUUGAUUAGAAGCCAGUCAGAUGCCCCUUUUGCUUAUGAAAUGACUGGUUUCUAUGUUUACAUUUUGAAUUCCCCACAUUUGAAUUCUCCAUCUUGAAUUGCAUGACCGUGCAAGUAAUGAUAAGUAAUCAAUGCAUUUAUCAGUACAUUCCAUCUCUCUUGAGACCCAAUACCUCAACAGCUAAUUUCGGUCUGUUAGAAUCGAGGAUGAAUCUCAUGGAGGGUUUUGUCUGAAUCCAGUCCUUCGUGUUCUCAGUGCCAGACAAUGUGCUUCCACUCUGGACAGACACUCAGGCAGCAACUCUGCUCAGUUUGGAAAGGGAAAACCCCACACAGCAUGCAGGAGAGCACGUGCAUCCCUCUCUGGGAAUGUUUAGAUAUCUCCUCAACGGUUCGGCUUGGAGGGGGGGAGGAAAACUUCCCUCUCUCUCUCCAUGCUCCAACUGCAGUGGGGAGAAGGGGCUGUCCCCAAACACACACACACACACACAGAUAUGAACACAUGCACACACACACAGCGGCUGAGAGCACAAUGCACAGUGAACAUCUUAUUUGGUAUUUCCUGUGUAACCCCUACCGCCAGCCAGCCAGGCAGCGCACGUCCUGCACUUCAGGCCCCGUCUGUAUUCAUUGUUGACGGGCUCUUGGCCAUGUUCCAGGUGGGGAAAAGGGGGACUGAUUGGGGGGUGAGGGAGUCAGGAGUGGUUAGGGGGGAUAUUAAAGCCUUGCCUGUACCCGCAUUGAAUAAAAGAAAAUGACAGCAUAUAUGAGGAAUUUUCAGACUAAUGAUGUGCGGAUGUGGUAGCUAGGCUAUGGGAAAGAGGCUGACUGUGCUGUCUUUGUUCGCUGGGAGAGGGCCCCAUGCAGCAUUCCUGUACGCUGUGCAUACUUUGGCAACUGUUGCGCUCCGUUCUUUUAGCUGUAUACAGUUUAUGAGAGCAGCAGCAUAAACUUUAUACAGUUAAAACUCUGACCCUGCUGUGAGGGUGUGGUUGUUGUCUUUCUUGGCUUGCUGUGAGGGUGUUGUUGUUGUCUUUCUUGGCCUGCUGUGAGGGUGUUGUUGUUGUCUUUCUUGGCCUGCUGUGAGGGUGUUGUUGUUGUCUUUCUUGGCCUGCUGUGAGGGUGUUGUUGUUGUCUUUCUUGGCUUGCUGUGAGGGUGUUGUUGUUGUCUUUCUUGGCCUGCUGUGAGGGUGUUGUUGUUGUCUUUCUUGGCCUGCUGUGAGGGUGUUGAUGUUGUCUUUCUUGGCCUGCUGUGAGGGUGUUGAUGUUGUCUUUCUUGGCCUGCUGUGAGGGUGUUGUUAUUGUCUUUCUUGGCUUGCUGUGAGGGUGUUGUUGUUGUCUUUCUUGGCCUGCUGUGUGUGUGUUAUUGUUGUCUUUCUUGGCCUGCUGUGAGGGUGUUGUUGUUGUCUUUCUUGGCCUGCUGUGAGUGUGUUGUUGUUGUCUUUGUUGGCCUGCUGUGAGGGUGUUAAUGUUGUCUUUCUUGGCCUGCUGUGAGGGUGUUGUUGUUGUCUUUCUUGGCCUGCUGUGAGGGUGUUGUUGUUGUCUUUCUUGGCCUGCUGUGAGGGUGUUGAUGUUGUCUUUAGGGCGGCAGGUAGCUUAGUGGGUAAGAGCGUUGUGCCAGUAACCGAAAGGUCGCUGGUUCUAAUCCCCGAGCCGACUAGGUGAAAAAUCUGUCGAUGUGCCCUUAAGCAAGGCACUUAACCCUAAUUGCUCCUGUAAGUCGCUCUGGAUAAGAGCGUCUGCUAAAUGACUAAAAUGUAAAUGUAAAAUGUAUUUCUUGGCCUGCUGUGAGGGUGGUGUUGUUGUCUUUCUUGGCCUGCUGUGAGGGUGUUGUUGUUGUCUUUCUUGGCCUGCUGUGAGGGUGUUGUUGUUGUCUUUCUUGGCCUGCUGUGAGGGUGUUGUUGUUGUCUUUCUUGGCCUGCUGUGAGGGUGCGUGUACUGUCAGUACCUUCUAUCUGCAUUGUGUUCAAUAAUGUACAGUAAAGUACAUUACAGUAACUACUGUCUUUCUACAAGGCUUCCACUAUUUCAGUCCAAUGAUUGCAUAGGCCGGCCAGGAAUUCUGCUUGGUCUGUCACAUAGGAAGGACAAACAUAUAGGGUCAGGAGGUUUUCCUGGUCAGGGCCUAAUUACACAUGAUUACAUAUGACAGUUAGGGUCAGGAGGUUUUCCUGAACACACGACCUGACCAGGCAGGUAAAACUCUUGUCCCUAAAGCAUUGGAAGAAACCUGCUGUCUCUCUUUCUGUCUCCAUUUUGUCCUUAGCCAAACAUUUGAUGGAAAGGUCCCUUUAAAGGUGUCUGUCUGUCCGGGCCGGGGGCCCUGUAUGGUAGAAAACAAUGUCGCCAUCAGGACCAAGGUUUCUGUGUCCCAAAUGACCCUAUUCCCUAUGUAGCGCACUACGUUUGACCAGGGCCCAUAGUGCUCUGACCAAAAGUAGUGCAUCACAUAUGGAAUAGGGUGCCUAUUUGGGACGCAGCUGUGUUGAAGGCAGGGGCCUUUCAUCCUGGGCUUCCUUUGAGACAUACAUUUUUAUUUUUAUUUUAUUUAACCUUUAUUUUCCUAGUUAAAUAAAGGUUCUUAUUUACAAUGACAGCCUACCCCGGCCAAACCCGGAUUGAAUGUAAACACGGGCUGCCGGCUAUGCCCAUCAGCCAGGCUAAUGACUUCCACAGUGGAAAUCAAAGAGAAACACUGGCUGGGGCAAUAGUGGUGGUGGGGUGGGUAGGGGGGUACUGGAGGAGGGCAGGAGAGGGGUGAAAGGGUGAGGUAGUAUGACACAAUGCCUGCUGAAUGAUUUCUUUAGCCCUCCACACUGGUCCAGUCUUUAACUGCACUGUUGUACUGUACACAGUGCUGCGAUGGAGAGAGAGAGAGAAGCACCACGAGAGAGGGGCAGUGGUGGAAAAAGUACCCAAUUGUCAUACUUGAGUAAAAGUAAAGAUACCUGACUCAAGUAAAUGUGAAAGUCACCCAGUAAACUCUCCCUCGCCCUCCAUUUGGCAAAUCUUACCAUAAUUAUAUCCUCCUGAUUCCUGCUUAUAAGCAAAAACUAAAGCAGGAAGCACCAGUGACUCGGGUAAUAAGGAAGUGGUCAGAUGAAGCAGAUGCUAAGCUACAGGACUGUUUUGUUAGCACAGACAGUUAGCAUAUGUUCCGGGAUUCUUCUGAUGGCAUUGAGGAGUACACCACAUCAGUGCAUCGAUGACGUCGUCCCCACGGUGACCGUAUGUACAUACCCCAACCAGAAGCCAUGGAUUACAGGCAACAUCUGCACUGAGCUAAAGGUUAGAGCUGUCGCUUUCAAGGAGCAGGACUCUAACCCGGACGCUUAUAAGAAAUCCCGCUAUGCCCUUCGACGAACCAUCAAACAAGCAAAGAGUCAAUAUAGGACUAAGAUUGAAUCGUAUUACACCGGCUCCGACGCUCGUCGGAUGUGGCAGGGCUUGCAAACUAUUACAGACUACAAAGGGAUGCACAGCCGCGAGCUGCCCAGUGACACGAGCCUACCAGACGAGUUAAAUUACUUCUAUGCUCGCUUCAAGGCAAGCAACACUGAAGUAUGCAUGAGAGCAUCAGCUGUUCCGGAUGACUACGUGAUCACACUCUCCGUAGCCGAUGUGAGUAAGACUUUCAAGCAGGUCAACAUUCACAAGGCCGCAGGGCCAUACGGAUUACCAGGACGUGUACUCCGAGCAACUGGCAAGUGUCUUCACUGACAUUUACAACAUGUCCCUGACUGAGUCUGUAAUACCAACAUGUUUCAAGCAGACCACCAAAAUCACUGUGCCCAAGAACACUAGGAUAACCUGCCUAAAUGACUACCGACCCGUAGCACUCACGUCUGUAGCCAUGAAGUGCUUUGAAAGGCUGGUCAUGUCUCACAUCAACACCAUUAUCCCAGAAACCCUAGACCAACUCCAAUUUGCAUACCGCCCCAACAGAUCCACAGAUGAUGCAAUCUCUAUUACAUUCCACACUGCCCUUUCCCACCUGGACAAGAGGAACACCUACGUGAGAAUGCUAUUCAUUGACUACAGCUCAGCGUUCAACACCAUAGUGCCCUCAAAGCUCAUCACUAAGCUAAGGACCCUGGGACUAAACACCUCCCUCUGCAACUGGAUCCUGGACUUCCUGAUGGGCCGCCACAAGGUGGUAAGGGUAGGUAACAACACAUCUGCCACGCUUAUCCUCAACACUGGGGCCCCUCAGGGGUGCGUCCUCAGUCCCCUCCUGUACUCCCUGUUCACCCAUGACUGCAUGGCCAGGUGCGACUCCAACACCAUCAUUAAGUUUGCAGAUGACACAACAUUGGUAGGCCUGAUCACCGACAACGAUGAGACAGCCUAUAGGGAGGAGGUCAGACACCUGGCCGUGUGGUGCCAGGAUAACAACCUCUCCCUCAACGUGAUCAAGACAAAGGAGAUGAUUGUGAACUACAGGGAAGAAAAGAGGACUGAGCACGCCCCCGUUCUCAUCGACGGGGCUGUAGUGGAACAGGUUGAGAGCUUCAAGUUCCUUGGUGCCCACAUCACCAACAAACUAUCAUGGUCCAAACACACCAAGACAGUCGUGAAAAGGGCACGACAAAGCCUAUUCCCCCUCAAAAAGUUAUACAGCUGCACCAUCGAGAGCAUCCUGACUGGUUGCAUCACUGCCUGGUAUGGCAACUGCUCGGCCUCCGACCGCAAGGCACUACAGAGGGUAGUGCGUACGGCCCAGUACAUCACUUGGGCCAAGCUUCCUGCCAUCCAGGACCUCUAUACCAGGCGGUGUCAGAGGAAGGCUCUAAACAUUGUCAAGGACUCCAGCCACCCUAGUCAUAGACUGUUCCCUCUGCUACCGCACAGCAAGCGGUGCCGGAGCACCAAGUCUAGGUCCAAAAGGCUUCUUAACAGCUUCUACCCCCAAGCCAUAAGACUCCUGAACAGCUAAUCAAAUGGCUACCCAGACUAUUUGCAUUGUGUUUAGUGAGUCCGCCAGAUCAGAGGCAGUUGGGAUGACCAGGGAUGUUCUCUUGAUAAGUGUGUGAAUUGGACCAUUUUCUAUCCUGCUAAGCAUUCAAAAUGUCAUGAGUACUUUUGGGUGUCAGGGAAAAUGUAUGGAAUAAAAAGUAUAUUAUUUUCUUUAGGAAUGUAUUGAAGUAAAAGUAGUCAAAAAUAGAAAUAGUAAAGUAAAGUACAGAUACCCCCCAAAAACUACUUAAGGGGGGGGCAACACGAGAGGGAGAGAGAGGGAGGGAGGCGGAUGUGCUUGGUCAGUGAGGCUUGCCUUGGAGGAUCCACAGUGCUGCCUGUUCUGCCUGCUCUCUGUGCUGCCUGUUCUGCCUUCCUGCCUGCUCUCUGUUCUGCCUGCCUGCCAUUUCCUCUCCAGUGUGCAGCAGAGUGAGAGGAUGGAUGCUUUCAGCAGAAAGGAAUGCCCAGAAUGUUGUCCUUUAAUCUGGAGUCAGCCAGCCAGGCCACGGCUGCUUUAUCUGACUGCCUCUGUUCUGUUAGCAGGCAAGCAGCAGCUCCACACAAGCAGAGCUAAAGGAGAGGCAUGCCUACCUCUGUCUGUCAGUCAGGCUAGGGAGGGUGGGAGGGAGGGAGGGAGGGAGGGAGGGAGGGAGGGAGGGGGAAGAGGGAGGGAGGGAGGGGGAAGAGAGAGGGAGGAAAGGAGGGACAGAGAGAUGGGGGUAGGGAUAAAGAGGGGGAGGGAGCAAUAUUUUAUUUAUUUUUUAAUUUUUUAAACCAAGUUAAAUGAGUAUAGCCUUGAUUCAUGUUUUUUCUUAGAGGGGCAAUCUGGGAUUCAAACAACAAUCAAAUCCAUAAAUGAAAUGUAUUUUAUGAAGCCAUUUUUACAUCAGCAGUUGUCACAAAGUACUUUACAGAUACCCAGCCUAAAACCCCAAAGAGCAAGCAAUGCAGAUGCAGAAGCACAGUGGCUAGGAAAAACUCCCUAGAAAGGCAGGAACCUAGGAAGAAACCUAGAGAGGAACCAGGCUCCGAGGGGUGGCCAGUCGUCUUCUGGCUGUGCUGGGUGGAGAUUAUAAGAGUACAUGGCCAUUAAGGCCAGAUCAUUCUUCAAGACGUUCAAACGUUCGUAGAUGACCAGCAGGGUCAAAUUAUAACCACAGUGGUUAUAGAGGGUGCAGCAGUUCAACACCUCAGGAGUAAAUGUCAGUUGGCUUUUCAUAGCAGAGCAUUCAGAGGUCGAGACAGCAGGUCGACGAGAAGGAGAGAGAGAGGGAGUGAGGGAGAAAGAGAGAGAGAGAGAGAGUCAAAACUGCAGGUCCAGGACAAAGUAGCACGUCUGGUGAAACAGGUCAGGCUUCCAUAGCUUCAGGCAGAACAGCAGAACUGGAAUGGCAGCCCAACCGGUUGGACUGGGGACAGGGACAGCCAGGAGUCGUCAGGCCAGGUAGUCCUGAGGCAUGGUCCUAGGGCUCAGGUCCUCCAGCUGCUCCGUUGUUUCACAGAGUGAAGCCUGAUUUAUAUCGAGAGGCCAAUGUGUUUUAUGGAUAGAGAGAGUGAAACAUAUGUGUGCUGUAGUGAGAGAGACAUAGGAAUGUGUGUUAUUGGGGACUCAGACGGAGGUGUAUAAACUUUAUUGGAAUAGAGAGAGACAGACACAUGUAAGGGUUAUAUAGAGAAAUGUUUUAGAAAGAGGGAGGAGAGGGAGGAGAAACGGAGGAAGGAGGUGCUUAGCAGCACUGACAGUGGCCAGAAGGAAAAACACAUAUUCUGGGUCUGCAUAGGGCCAUAGGUCAAUGAGGCUUGGAAAGGGAAAUACUUUAUAAAUCACCUUCAAUUGGUACAUGCAGCAUAUAUCAUUUGUUCAUGAAAUGAUGGUCCUUUAACCAUUAUAACGUAUUCAUAGUUGUGCUUGUCUUUAGCCAACUCCUCUGACUAUAAUUGCCAUGCCAUGGAAUGCUCUACAUGCCAUACCAAACACAUCAAUAUCUUGGACGAGGCUAUGGCUCUAUAAAAGACUUACUGUAUGUUUCAGCAAGUCUUCUCCGGGCUAAUUCUGCAUGGUAACAACACUUACUGCAAUGCACUUCCUGCUGUGUCUGUCUGUGGCCUGGCCUUCGAAUAACGACGGAUAUACUUAAGCCCUCACAUCAUUUAGCAUUGACUAUGUGGUUCUUCCUAGAAGUCUGCUGCAGUGCAGCCUAGUUGUGUUGUGGUGUUUGAGAAUAGAUGCAAUGGAAAAGAUUAACAUGCGAAAACAGCAGGUGUCUGUCUCUCUCAAAGAGACUUAACCACAGGAAAGAGUUUGAUUGGGUUAGAUAUUGCACACAUACAUCUAUCAAUGUUUUAUAUAGUGAUAUCUGUCUCUCAGUUUGUGGUGGUAUUUUCCCCUGAGUGUUCGGUAAUUUCAUUUUGAGGUACCCUUUUGGUUGGAAAUAUGGAAGCUAGCAUCAACACUCAAUUCAGUUCAAGGGUUUGUAUAGAACAUAGUUAUGAUGUAGGGCUGUGGUAAGAGAGAGAGUUAGAUAUAUGAGAUAAGAAACCAAAGAAAUGUAAUGAAACUUCACAUGAUGACAGUGAUGACAUUUAAUGGUCCUGUAGAUUAGGCAGGACAAUGACCACUUCAUUCAUACUUUUUAUAAACUCAACUCACCCACACAUGAAAAUAGGUUUCAGUGCUCUAAAAUCUUCAAUGGCCUGCCUGAGUUCUUUUUUUAGAAUGAGUCAUGUGCAUUUCAUCUCGGGUCACAUGACACAAGCUAACCAACACUGAAGCUUCAACUUCCUCUACGUUUCCACUUAGCCAGGAAGAAUGAUCUGAGAAAGUCUCAUCUUAGCACAUGGCUCUAAAAAUACAUCUGACCAUUCUAUCAGUUCGCAAGAAGAACGUGAUGAGGUUUUUUCAUGUACUUUAAUCAACCUCAUCACACACCAACGCCAGUGAACUCUGUCUUCCAGAUACCUGAUGAUAGUCUGGUAGAUAAUUUAAUAACAAAAAGUUAUUUAUGAUUUAUCAAUCGAUCAAUAAUAUAAUAAUACUUUUAGCAAAAAUGUUUCUUUUCAAUUUACAAUCUGUAGAAACAAUGAAAAUAGAAAGGUUCAGAACUUUUGUAAAACAUCACAGUACAGUUGAAAAAUAUAUGGCAAAUAGAAAUCCAAUAUGGAUGGUGUUAAGAGAUAGAUGGGUGGUGUUGAAUGGAGUUGAAGGAUGGGACUAAUAACAACUAACAACACUAAUAACAACAAGAUAACUAAUAAUGUAAGCAUACUGUGUCCAUAAUAAGUAUAUAGGUUAUAGGUUGAGCGCUUUUGUGAAAGAGCACCGUUAGAAAGAUAUGACAUAUAGAAGCAAACCGGAUGGAUAUCAUGAAAAUGAUCGGAGAGGUUGAGGGUAGAGGAAGUUCAGGAGUAAAAACAAACAAAAUAGAAUUAUUGUAAAAUUGACUGUGUCCAUAAAAUGUGUAUAUAGUAUGUAUAAGCUGGAAGUAGAGGCCUAAGCGUUGUUGUUCACUAGUUUACUCCAAUUAGGGAAGGGGUGGUGGGGUUGGAAGAUAAUAAAGGGAAAUAUAUUUUUUUAAAGGAUAUGUAUAUGUACAGUUGAAGUCGGAAGUUUACAUACACCUUAGCCAAAUACAUUUAAACUCAGUUUUUAACAAUUCCUGACAUUUAAUCCUAGUAAAAAUUCCCUGUUUUAGGUCAGUUAGGAUCACCACUUUAUUUUAAGAAUGUGAAAUGUCAGAAUAAUAGUAGAGAUAAUUAUUUAUUUCAACUUUUAUUUAUUUCAUCACAUUCCCAGUGGGUCAGAAGUUUACAUACACUCAAUUAGUAUUUGGUACCAUUGCCUUUGUCACGCCCUGACUCAGGGGACGCUUAAAUGUUGAGUCAGGGUGUGUAUAUUCUUUGUUGUGUGUUUUCUAUGUUUUGAUCUAUUAUGUGUAGAUCUAUGUUGGCCGGUGUGGUUCCCAAUCAGAGGCAGCUGUAGCUCGUUGUCUCUGAUUGGGGACCAUACUUAGGCAGCCUAUUGGCACUAGUGGGUUGUGGGAUCUUGUUCCGGGUAAGGUUUGUUGUGUGUUAAACCUUAGGACUUCACGUUUCGUUUGUUUAGUGUUUUGUCGUGUGUUUAUUCAGUUUAAAUAAACAUGUACGCAUAUCACGCUGCGCCUUGGUCUGACCCGUCAAUGAACGAACGUGACAGCCUUUAUAUUGUUUAACUUGGGUCAAACAUUUCGGGUAGCCUUCCACAAGCUUCCCACAAUAAGUUGGGUGAAUUUUGGCCCAUUCCUCCUGACAGCUGGUGUAAUUGAGUCAGGUUUGUAGGCCUCCUUGCUCGCACAUGCUUUUUCAGUUCUGCCCACAAAUGUUCUAUAGCAUUGAGGUCAGGGCUUUGUGAUGGCCACUCCAAUACCUUGACUUUGUUGUCCUUAAGCCAUUUUGCCACAACUUUGGAAGUAUGCUUGGGGUCAUUGUCCAUUUGGAAGAACCAUUUGCGACCAAGCUUGAACUUCCUGACUGAUGUCUUGAGAUGUUGCUUCAAUAUAUCCACAUCAUUUUCCUUCCUCAUGAUGCCAUCUAUUUUAUGAUGUGCACAAGUCCCUCCUGCAGCAAAGCACCCCCACAGCAUGAUGGUGCCAUCCCCCGUGCUUCACGGUUGGGAUGGUGUUCUUCGGCUUGCAAGCUACCCCCUUUUUCCUCCAAACAUAAGGACAUUUCUCCAAAAAGUACCAUCUUUGUCCCCAUGUGCAGUUGCAGACCGUAGUCUGGCUUUUUAAUGGCGGUUUUGGAGCAGUGGCUUCUUCCUUGCUGAGCAGACUUUCAGGUUAUGUCGAUAUAGGACUCGUUUUACUGUGGAUAUAGAUACUUUUGUACCUGUUUCCUCCAGCAUCUUCACAAGGUCCUUUGCUGUUGUUCUGGGAUUGAUUUGCACUUUUCACACCAAGGUACGUUCAUCUCUAGGAGACAGAACGCAUCUCCUUCCUGAGCGGUAUGACGGCUGCGUGGUCCCAUGGUGUUUAUACUUGCGUACUAUUGUUUGUACAGAUGAACGUGGUACCUUCAGGCAUUUGGAAAUUGCUCCCAAGGAUGAACCAGACUUGUGGAGGUCUACACAUUUUUUCCUGAGGUCUUGGCUGAUUUCUUUUGAUUCUCCCAUGCUGUCAAGCAAAGAGGCACUGAGUUUGAAGGUAGGCCUUGAAUUACAUCCACAGGUACACCUCCAAUUGACUCAAAUUAUGUCAAUUAGCCUAUCAGAAGCUUCUAAAGCCAUGACAUCAUUUUCUGGAAUUGUCCAAUCUGUUUAAAGGCACAGUCAACUUAGUGUAUGUAAACUUAUGACCCACUGGAAUUGUGAUACAGUGAAUUAUAAUUAUAAUCUGUCUGUAAACAAUUGUUGGAAACAUUACUUGUGUCAUGCACGAAGUAGAUGUCCUAACCGACUUGCCAAAAUAUAUAUAUAUAUAUAUAUAUAUAAUUUGCGAGAGAAAGAAAACAUAUGGGGGAUUGGAAUUGAUGCAGACAAUUACAUUGAUGGAAGUUACAAUCUAUCUGCAAUAUUAAAGCUGAUCUACCCCCUAAAAUAUUAUUUGACCCAAAAUCAACCCUCAAUACAGCUACUGCAUAAUUAUCAUACACUUACACACUCUCAUGUGACGUCAUCGUCCAGAAGGUACAGUCCGCAUUAGCAAGGCCAAAGGUGAACAUGCAACCUUGUAGUAACUGGUCUGCUACCAAACCGCAGGGCAGGCUUAGUUUUGUUCAGAGUUCAUCAUUCUCUCACUGUGUUGGACAAACAUGCAAGGCAUUUGGAAAAUAUCGGUCUUUGCUAACACGGCGAUAAGCAGAGCGAGAGAGCGAGAGAUAGAAAGAGAGACAGAGCAGCAGCGGCUGCCGGGGCCUCGGGCCAAAUGACCGCCAUAAGAAAAACUGGAGAGGGAAAGCACCUGGAAGCGGUCCACGUUCUCGCGAGGGGUCACUGAGUUUUGUCUGGCGGUUUUCCCUACUGUAGCUGUUAACAGUGCUGCUUUUCCUGUGGGCUAACAGUCAGUCGACACAGCUACCAGCAGAGUACAAGCAUAGGGUUAGUAUCUGGGAGACGUGUGGGGAGCAGCUCUGGCUCUGGCACAAAAUGGCUGCCUGCUUUUUUCCCAAGUGGGCGCUGCUACAUGUUAGUAGAGCAAGAGGUGUUCCACACUCCCUCCCCAAGCAUUGCAAAGCACUUUCAAACCUGAUGUCCGCGGGGGAAACGCAAUAUAAGUACAAUGUAGUAGUAUUAUUCUAAGAGCUAAGUUGUACUGGGGUUUGUUUGAGUAUGACAGCUGCUUGACAGUCAUGUUAAUCCUGUGAAGGCAGAUGAUCUAGUUUUAAUGGACACACACACAGGGACCAGCACUGAGUUCCCUGAUGGCUCACUAUGGAAACAUUGUGUGAUCUGGGCAUACCAAAACGGGAGCGCUCCCAGAGACCUGCCCUGCCAGAUAUGAUUUCAUACCUUAUGUAACCCCAGAGACAGGGGCACAGAAACAUUAGCCCUCCUGUGUGUGUGUGUGUGUGUGUGUGUGUGUGUGUGUGUGUGAGCAUGCGUUUGUGUGUGUCAUCUGGCGUUCUCAGGUAAAACACUUAAAGAGAGAGGACUGUGAGGGAGGAAAGAGGAAUGUGUCUCAGGUAUCAGGAGUGCUCUGGUCUAAGCUUCUCCUCCUUCUCUUCUCCUCCUCUCCUUUCAUAGUGUGGGUGAAGGCUGUGGGUAGAGGCUCUAACCUAAUGCAUACCAGAGGGCCACAUUUUUAUGUCUGUGUAUUGGAAGAACAUGUAAGAGAAGGGUGUGUUUGUGUGUGUGUGUGUGUGCGCACGUUUUUACAGAAUGUCUAUUAUGUGUGUGUAUUAAUGUGUGUAUUAAUGCGUUUAUUAUUGUAGGUGGUGACGUUGUGGUACAGAGCUCCAGAGGUGUUGCUCCAGUCCAGCUAUGCCACCCCAGUUGACCUGUGGAGUGUGGGCUGUAUCUUCGCUGAGAUGUUCAGGAGAAGGUGAGUGGUCCUGGUACACACACACACACACACACACACACACACACACACACACACUGGGAGACACUGCACAUUGACCUUGUGUCAUCUGUGACAUCUUUUCAGUCUCCCUAGACCACACGUGUCAAACCCAUUCCACGGAGGGCUGAGUGCCUGAAGAUUUUCACUCCUCCCUUGUACUUGAUUGAUUAAUUAAGGUCAGUGAUUAGUAAGGAACUCCCCUCACCUGGUUGUCUAGGUCUUAAUUGAACACAAAUUAAAAGGAGAAACCAGAAACCAGCAGACACUCUGCCCUCCCAUGGAAUAAGUUUGACACCCCUGCUACAUUCUUAGACAAAUGCUAUCUAGAACCAAAAAGGGUUCUACCGGGAACCAAAAAGGGUUCUCCUAUGGGGACAUCCAAAGAACCCUUUUGGAACCCUUUUUCCCAAAGUCGGUCCUCGGGACCCCAAAACGUGCACCCCUUGGGGUCUCGAGGACCGAGUUUGGAAAACCCUGCUGUAGACAGACGGGUUGCUUCCGACAAUGUACCAGUGCUCCAGCUUAACAACGUCUGACGUAACAGAACAUCAAUUUGGCAUAGAGCAACUACGCUGCCCACAUCCCCGUGAAACAAAAUAGUAGCUAUCAAGGUGAAGAUCAUGGAGGUUAUUUUUAAUGAGUGCAUUUCGCAAGUGGCUAGUUUGCAUCAACUACCUUCAUUAUAACCACUGCAUAGGUUUUGCCUUCAAACUAUGGUUUCGAGGCAUGUCUGCCUCGUGAUUUGUUGGGAUAGUUGUCUGUCUGAAGAGGACCCUCCCUGGAUUUUUUGUUGUUGUUGCCUUUUCAAAGUUACCAAGACAGUCCGUCAUGAUUCCCAGACCCUAGUCGCUGCUGUUGCCUAGGGUCGGGUUUCCGAUACUACCAUCUUUCCGCCUCAAGACCUUGUUAGACCACUGAGCUAAAGCCUAGGGCGACAUUAGCACUGGGAGCUAAUAGGACACACCCGAAGAUAACACACACACACAAGCAAACACACAUGCACACACACAGAACAGUGGCAUUUGAGGUCAUUCACCAUUGACAGUAAACACAACUCUCUAAUGGUCAACCUGGUGUUUGUGUAGAUGUCAUCAAGAAAGGUCAUGUAUACAUUCAGCACACAACAACCUGUGUAACAUUGAUUAGUGGCGGUUCAUUCAUUGCCUUGUGUAUGAGGCUAAAUGAAGAGACAUAUCUCAGAAGUCAUCAGGACCAAUGUGCCUGACUAGUUAUUUUUUGCCAUGACAACAUAGCCAGUGCCUUGUUCUCACCAAGCCUGCCUGUCAUGCAGUCUGUGUCCCAAAUGACACCCUAUUCCCUUUAUAGUGCAGUACUUUCGACCAGGGCCGAUAUGGCUCUGGUCAAAAGUAGUGCACUAUGUAGUGAAUAGGGUGCCAUUUGCAACGCACUUGUGUCUCAUUGUGAAGCCACAUACACUACAUGGGCCGAAAGUUUGUGGACAUCCUUUCAGAUUAGAGGAUUCGGCUAUUUCAGCCACACCCAUUGCUGACAGGUGUACAAAAUCGAGUACACAGCCAUGCGAUCUCCAUAGACAAACAUUGGCAGUAGAAUGGCCUUACUGAAGAGCUCAGUGACUUUCAACGUGGCACCGUCAUAGGAUGCCACCUUUCCAACAAGUCAGUUCAUCAUAUUUCUGGCCUGCUAGAGCUGCCCUGGUCAACUGUAAGUGCUUUUAUUGUGAAGUGGAAAUGUCUAGGAGCAACAACAGCUCAGCCGCGAAGUGGUAGGCCACACAAGCUCACAGAACAGGACCGCCGAGUGAUGAAGCGCGUAGUGCGUAAAAGUCAUCGGCCCCCGGUUGCAACACUCCACUACUGAGUUCCAAACUGCCUCUUGAAGCAACGUCAGCACAAUAACUGUUUGUCGGGAGCUUCAUAAAAUGGGUUUCCAUGGCCGAGCAGCCUCACAUAGGCCUAAGAUCACCAUGCGCAAUGCCAAGCGUUGGCUGGAGUGGUGUGAAGCUCGCCACCAUUGGACUCUGGAGCAGUGGAAAUACGUUCUCUUGAGUGAUGAAUCACGCUUCAUCAUCUGGCAGGCCGACGGACAAAUCUGGGUUUGGCGGAUGCCAGGAGAACGCUACCUGCCUGAAUGCAUAGUGCCAACUGUAAAGUUUGGUGGAGGAGGAAUAAUGGUCUGGGGCUGUUUUUCGUGGUUCGGGCUAGGCCCCUUAGUUCCAGUGAAGGGAAAUCUUAACGCUACAGCAUACAAUGACAUUCUAGACAAUUCUGUGCUUCCAACUUUGGGCAACGGUUUAGGGAAGGCCCUUUCCUGUUUCAGCAUGACAAUGCCCCUGUGCACAAAGUGAGGUCCAUACAGAAAUGGUUUGUCGAGAUCGGUGUGGAAGAACUUGACUGGCCUGCACAGACCCCUGACCUCAACCCCAUCAAACACCUUUGGGAGGAAUUGGAACACACACUGCGAGCCAGGCCUAAUCGAAGCAAGUCCCUGCAGCAAUGUUCCAACAUCUAGUGGAAAGCCUUCCCAGAAGAGUGGAGGCUGUUAUAGCAGCAAAGGGUAGACCAACUCCAUAUUAAUGUUCGACGAGCAGGUGUCCACAUACUUUUGACCAUGUAGUGUACCUCUGACCACAGGUACAGAAACCCAUGGGCACUUUUUGUAAUGUUGCUCUCCAGACCUAGUGCAGUGAUUUCAUAAAACUGGAAAAGUAAAAUGUACGCAAAAAUUAUGAUGUUGAUUCUCAAGCUGUCCUGUUCUUGACAGAAACAUUCAUAAAAGUAAAGAGACAAUGUGAUGGUAAGGCAUUAUAUAUAAAGUUUGAAAGGUAACGGAUAGUUCAUUUACGAGUUAUAUGAAAACUCCAACAGCUGUAUGUUUUUCAUGGAAUUAGUCGACUUGGGGGUUUCCUCACAAAUAUUGACUGUCCCUUGCUGCUACCUGGAAAUAUGAUUUCUACUGGUGUUAUAUUUUUUGUCAGUUUGGUUAUCAAACCGUAAUAAAAUUCCUCCACAGUUGGCUGUGGUUGCAGGCAACAGAGGAUUCAGUUUCUUGAUAUAGGUAUUUGUCAGUUUGUGGUGUAACGUACUUCUUCUACUGAAAUCCCAAGCUGUUAAUCAAUCCUCCCUCACAUCAGAAAAAUACAUGCAACAAUAAAGAGUCAAGUUGCAGCCUCUUACUGUAAUACAAUGUACAGUUGAAGUCGGAAGUUUACAUACACUUAAGUUGGAGUCAUUAAAACUAGUUUUUCAACCACUCCACAAAUUUCUUGUUAACAAACUAUAGUUUUGGCAAGUCAGUUAGGACAUCUACUUCGUGCAUGACACAAGUCAUGUUUCCAACAAUUGUUUACAGACAGAUUAUUUAACUUAUUAAUCACUUAUAUUUCACUGUAUCACAAUUCCAGUGGGUCAGAAGUUUACAUACACUAAGUUGACUGUGCCUUUAAACAGCUUGGAAAAUUCCAGAAAAUGAUGUCAUGGCUUUAGAAUCUUCUAAUAGGCUAAUUGACAUCAUUUGAGUCAAUUUGAGGUGUACCUGUGGAUGUAUUUCAAGGUCUACCUUCAAACUCAGUGCCUCUUUGCUUGACAUCAUGGGGAAAUCAAAAGAAAUCAGCCAAGACCUCAGAAAAAAUACCUCCACAAGUCUGGUUCAUCCUUGGGAGCAAUUUCCAAAACGCUGGAAGGUACCACGUUCAUCUGUACAAACAAAGGUACGCAAUUAUAAACACCAUGGGGCCACGCAGCCGUCAUACCGCUCAGGGAGGAGACGCAUUCUGUCUCCUAGAGAUGAAUGUACUUUGGUGCGAAAAGUGCAAAUCAAUCCCAGAACAACAGCAAAGGACAUUGUGAAGUUGCUGGAGGAAACAGGUACAAAAGUAUCUAUAUCCACAGUAAAACGAGUCCUAAAUCGACAUAACCUGAAAGGCCACUCAGCAAGGAAGAAGCCACUGCUCCAAAACCGCCAUAAAAAGCCAGACUACGGUUUGCAACUGCACAUGGGGACAAAGAUCUUACUUUUUGGAGAAAUGUCCUCUGGUCUGAUGAAACAAAAAUAGAACUGUUUGGCCAUAAUGACCAUCGUUAUGUUUGGAGGAAAAAGGGGGGACUUGCAAGCCAAAGAACACCAUCCCAACCUUGAAGCACGGGGGUGGAACCAUCAUGCUGUGGGGGUGCUUUGCUGCAGGAGGGACUGGUGCACAUCACAAAAUAGAUGGCAUCAUGAGGAAGGAAAAUUAUGUGGAUAUAUUGAAGCAACAUCUCAAGACAUCAGUCAGGAAGUUAAAGCUUGGUGGCAAAUGGGUCUUCCAAAUGGACAAUGACCCCAAGCAUACUUCCAAAGUUGUGGCAAAAUGGCUUAAGUACAACAAAGUCAAGGUAUUGGAGUGGCCAUCACAAAGCCUUGACCUCAAUCCUAUAGAAAAUGUGUGGGCAGAACUGAAAAAGCGUGUGCGAGCAAGGAGGCUUACAAACCUGACUCAGUUACACCAGCUCUGUCAGGAGGAAUGGGCCAACAUUCACCCAACUUAUUGUGGGAAGCUUGUGGAAGGCUACCCGAAACGUUUGACCCAAGUUAAACAAUUUAAAUGCUACCAAAUACUAAUUGAGUGUAUGUAAACUUCUGACCCACUGGGAAUGUGAUGAAAUAAUUAAAAGCUGAAAUAAAUAAUUCUCUCUACUAUUAUUCUGACAUUUCACGUUCUUAAAAUAAAGUGGUGAUCCUAACUGACCUAAAACAGGGAUUUUUUACUAGGAUUAAAUGUCAGAAAUUGUAAAAAAAAAAAAACUGAGUUUAAAUGUAUUUGGCUAAGGUGUAUGUAAACUUCCGACUUCAACUGUAGAUUUCUCUUCUAUAGGGUUUACAUACAGUACCAGUCAAAAGUUUAGAACACCUACUCAUUCAAGGGUUUUUCUUUAUUUUUACUAUUUUCUACAUUGUAGAAUAAUAGUAAAGACAUCAAAACUAUGAAAUAACACAUAUGGAAUCAUGUAGUAACUGUGAUGAGGUGAUGUCGAAGUAGUCAGGCGCAGGAGGGUAAAUCACAGAAUAACAGGCUUUAUUCCGCAAAUACAUGAGGAGCGUCAGUGGCUAGAAGGCCGGUGACGACGAACGCCGAAGCCUGCCCGAACAAGGAGAGGAGGCAGCUUCGGAGGAAGUCGUGACAGUACCCCCCCCUUGACGCGCAGCUCCAGCAGCGUGCCAACACCGGCCUCGGGGACGGCCAGGAUGACACGGAGCAGGGCGAGCCGGAUUGCGACGGUGGAAAUCCCGCAAUAGGAAGGGAUCGAGGAUAUCCCUCACCGGAACCCAGCACCGCUCCUCCGGACCAUACCCCUCCCACUCCACGAGGUACUGAAGGCCCCCCACCCGACGCCUCGAAUCCAGGAUGGAACGGACGUAGAACGUAGUAAGCCAACAAGUGCUCAGCAUAUGUGAGAACUCCUUCAAGACUGUUGGAAAAGCAUUCCAGGUGAAGCUGGUUGAGAGAAUGCCAAGAGUGUGCAAAGCUGUCAUCAAGGCAAAGGGUGGCUAUUUGAAGAAUCUGAAAUAUAAAAUAUAUUUUGAUUAGUUUAACACUUUUUUGGUUACUACAUGAUUCCAUAUGUGUUAUUUCAUAGUUUUGAUGUCUUAUUCUACAAUGUAGAAAACAGUACAAGUAAAUAUGUGUAUAUGCUACUGUUUUGAGUUUGUGAUGAACAUGAGAGAGAGUGUAAAAGAUAAGCGGUCAAUAGUAGUGCACUAAAUAGGAAAUAGGAUGCCAUUUGGGACACCGUCGCUGUUGUGGUUUGGGAGCGGUGCCAACGGGGAGGGAUCUGUCUGUAAUUUGUUUCCUUUCCCAACCGUCCGUCCUUACAGCGAGACGCACGUCUCCCCCUCUCACUAACGACGGAUACACCACAGGUGUGUGUGUGUGUCCGUUCAUUAUUGUGUGUAUGUGUUUUGCAUGUGUGUGGCCUGUGUGUUUUGUACAGUAUGUGUGUUUGUACAGUACGUUUGUGUGUGUUGAUUUUCCUGCUGUAGCUCGAUGACACAGACCAUGGCUGAUUAUUCCCCAUUGUCCUGGAGAGGAUGUGAAGGGCUGUGUUUUCCCAUAACACUGAUGUCACAGGCAGGACGCUGAGGACGGACGGAUGGACAGAUGGGAUGGAGGAGAGGACAGAUCUCUGUCUUGGGAUGACGAUAUCCUGUCUCUGUGCUUGCGUACGUGCACCGGUGGCAUACCACAGUUUCGCAGGGCCCCUGCGACUUCCUACAAUUCUUCACAUUUUGCCAUGAGGCUGAGAUAAAAAUGUGCAGUUUUAUAGCUAAUCUCAUGCUAUUCUACACAUUUUGCCAUGAGGCUGAGAGAAACGUUUGCAGUUUUACAGCAAAUCUUUAUUUGAAAACAUUUUUUCCAUGGAUUAUGACCUGUUCAUAUGCUAUCGGGGGGGGGCUCAGAGCCCCAAGUUGUGGUCAGGAGGGUUAUGAAGGGAGCAUAAAAAGAUAUAUGAUCCAUUUAAUGACCUGGAAGAAAUGUACUGUUGUAGGUUAAACCUUCACCUGGGAAAUUUCUGGUGAGGUUAUAGUCUGCUUGGUUUGUAUGUAAUUACUUUAUGACAUUUAACUGUUGGCAUUAGGUCUUUUUUGGCACCAAAAACAUAAAGGUCUAUCGUGGUUUGACAGUAGGUUGGUAGGUUUAACUACACCCACCCAUGGCUUAACCUUGGAUGUGUCCCAAAUGGCACCCUAUUCCAUAUAUAGUACACUACUUUUAACCAGAGCCCUAUGGGAGGAAUAGGGUGACAUUUGGGACGUAGGCCUUUCCUCACAGUACCUUACUAACAUAUCAAUGAGUGUUCUCACAAUGCUACUCUAACUAUGGAUGUCCACAUCCCACUAUACUAACACACCUAUGGCUCUUUUCACACUAUUCUGCUAACCAACCCGUAAUGACACUCCAACUGGCGCACUAACACACCUACCGUGUGUGCGUGUGUGUGUGUGUGUGUGUGUGUGUGUGUGUGUGUGUGUGUGUGUGUGUGUGUGUGUUGGUGCAUGCGUUGCGUGUGUCUGAGUGAAGACAGUAGAGGCUAGGUGGGAGUCUCCCUGUGACACAAUGAGCUGUAAAAGCAUGUGUGUUCAGGACCUGGCUCCUGGCCAACUCUGCCUGGAGGUAGACGGUAGGACCUGGCUCCUGGCCAACUCUGCCUGGAGGUAGACGGUAGGACCUUUGAUGUCUAUGAACAGCACCCCUCAGUCUCUCUCGCUCUCUCUCUCUCUCUCUCACUCUGUCUAUCCUGCAGGUGAUUAAGGUGGCUGUUUUAAAGGCCAACUGUUACAGAUUAAAGGGCACCUGGGAACUGCCUCUGACUGAGUCAGAGAGAGAGAGAACAUGAGCUCAUGGGCUCCUGAGUUCUUCUGCCAAAAAUUGAAUUAUAGUUAAAUAUAGAUAAACUUGGAUUUUUUCCAUACUUAAAAACUUGAUUUUGGACAGCUCAGCGUUCAACACCAUAGUGCCCACAAAGCUCAUCAUUAAGCUAAGGAGCCUGGGACUAAACACCUCCCUCUGCAACUGGAUCCUGGACUUCCUGACGGGCCGCCAUCAGGUGGUAAGGGUAGGCAACAACAUAUCUGCCACGCUGAUCCUCAACACUGAGGCCCCUUAGGGGUGCGUGGUUAGUCCCCUCCUAUACUCCCUGUUCACCUACGACUGUGUGGCCAAACACGACUCCAACACCAUCAUUACGUUUGCUGACAACACAACAGUGGUAGGCCUGAUCACCGACAACGAUGAGACAGCCUAUAGGGAGGAGGUCAGAGACCUGGCAGCGUGGUGCCAGGACAACAACCUCUCCCUCAAUGUGACCAAGACAAAGGAGCUGAUCAUGGAUUACAGGAAAAGGCGGGCCGAACAGGCCCCCAAUAACAUCGAUGGGGCUGUAGUGGAGCGGGUCGAGAGUUUCAAGUUCCUUGGUGUCCACAUCACCAACAAACUAUCAUGGUCCAAACACACCAAGACAAUCGUGAAGAGGGCACGACAACACCUUUUCCCCCUCAGGAGACUGAAAAGAUUUAGCAUGGGUCCCCAGAUCCUCAAAAAUGUAUACAGCUGCACCAUCGAGAGCAUCCUGACCGGUUGCAUCACCGCCUGGUAUGGCAACUGCUCGGCAUCUGACCAUAAGGCGCUACAGAGGGUAGUGCGUACGGCCCAGUACAUCACUGGGGCCAUAUAUAUAUAUAUAUAUAUAUAUAUAUAUAUAUAUAUAUAUAUAUAUACAGUGAGGGAAAAAAGUAUUUGAUCCCCUGCUGAUUUUUUACGUUUGCCCACUGACAAAGACAUGAUCAGUCUAUAAUUUUAAUGGUAGGUUUAUUUGAACAGUGAGAGAUACCAGGUCACCAGGUUUGCACACAUCUCAGGAGGGAUUUUGUUCCACUCCUCUUUGCAGAUCUUCUCCAAGUCAUUAAGGUUUCGAGGCUGACGUUUGGCAACUCGAACCUUCAGCUCCCUCCACAGAUUUUCUAUAGGAUUAAGGUCUGGAGACUGGCUAGGCCACUCCAGGACCUUAAUGUGCUUCUUCUUGAGCCACUCCUUUGUUGCCUUGACUGUGUGUUUUGGGUCACUGUCAUGCUGGAAUACCCAUCCAUGACCCAUUUUCAGUGCCCUGGCUGAGGGAAGGAGGUUCUCACCCAAGAUUUGACGGUACAUGGCCACGUCCAUCGUCCCUUUGAUGCGGUGAAGUUGUCCUGUCCCCUUAGCAGAAAAACACCCCUCUUGGGGUCUUAGGCAGCAUUCCUCCUCCUCCAAACACGGCGAGUUGAGUUGAUGCCAAAGAGCUAGAUUUUGGUCUCAUCUGACCACAACACUUUCACCUAGUUCUCCUCUGAAUCAUUCAGAUGUUCAUUGGCAAACUUCAGACGGUCCUGUAUAUGUGCUUUCUUGAGCAGGGUGACCUUGCGGGCGCUGCAGGAUUUCAGUCCUUCACGGCGUAGUGUGUUACCAAUUGUUUUCUUGGUGAUUAUGGUCCCAGCAGCCUUGAGAUCAUUGACAAGAUCCUCCCGUGUAGUUCUGGGCUGAUUCCUCACUGUUCUCAUGAUCAUUGCAACUCCACGAGGUGAAAUCUUGCAUGGAGCCCCAGGCCGAGGGAGAUUGACAGUUCUUUUGUGUUUCUUCCAUUUGUGAAUAAUCGCACCAACUGUUGUCACCUUCUCACCGAGCUGCUUGGCGAUGGUCUUGUAGCCCAUUCCAGCCUUGUGUAGGUCUACAAUCUUGUCCCUGACAUCGUUGGAGAGCUCUUUGGUCUUGGCCAUGGUGGAGAGUUUGGAAUCUGAUUGAUUGAUUGCUUCUGUUGACAGGUGUCUUUUAUACAGGUAACAAGCUGAGAUUAGGAGCACUCCAUUUAAGAGUGUGCUCCUAAUAUCAGCUCGUUACCUGUAUAAAAGACGCCUGGGAGCCAGAAAUCUUUCUGAUUGAGAGGGGAUCAAAUACUUAUUUCCCUCAUUAAAAUGCAAAUCAAUUUAUAACAUUUUUGACAUGCGUUUUUCUGGAUUUUGUUGUUGUUAUUCUGUCUCUCACUGUUCAAAUAAACCUACCAUUAAAAUUAUAGACUGAUCUUUGUCAGUGGGCAAACGUACAAAAUCAGCAGGGGAUCAAAUACUUUUUUCACUCACUAUAUAUAUAUAUAUUAUACUAGGCGGUGUCAGAGGAAAGCCCAACAAAUUGUGAAAGACUCCAGCCACCCUAGUCAUAGACUGUUCUCUCUGCUAGUGCACGGUAAGCAGUACCGGAGAGCCAAGUCUAGGUCCAAAAGGCUUCUCAACAGCUUCUACCCCCAAGCCAUAAGACUCCUGAACAGCUAAUCAUGGCUACCUGGACUAUUUGCACCCCCACCCCAUCUUUUUACGCUGAUGCUACUCUGUUAAUUAUGUAUGCAUAGUCACUUUAACUCUACCUCAACUAGCCGGUGCCCCCGCACAUUGACUCUGCACCGGUACCCCCUGUAUAUAUAGCCUCCCUACUGUUAUUUUAUUUUACUUCUGCUCUUUUUUUCUCAACACUUUUUUGUUGUUGUUGUUUUAUUUUACUUUUUUAUUAAGAAAUAAAUGCAUUGUUGGUUAAGGGCUGUAAGUAAGCAUUUCAUGGUAAUGUCUACACCUGUGGUAUUCGGCGCAUGUGGCAAAUAAAAUUUGAUUUGAUUUCAUCAAAGCCAAAGGAACUGCACAAUAUUAAGAAAUUUGGUGUUUGUCCCAUUUUGUAAAUUGUUGGUUGGUGAGCGGACCCCAGACCUCACAACCAUAAAGGGCAAUGGGUUAUAUAACUGAUUCAAGUAUUUUUAGCCAGAUCCUAAUUGGUAUGUCAAAUUGUAUGUUCUUUUUGAUGGCAUACUGUUGACAGUUGUCCUCCACUACCAUUACUCAACUGUAGUAGACAGAGAAGUCCCCAGGCCCCAGUUUCACACUGUUGACUCACUCCCUUCAUCAAAGGUUUUCCCCCAAAUACUUCAAACUUUUAUUCAUCGCUUUUUGAAGAAAGAAAAAUCCAGUUUCACACUGACUGACAAGCUAUAAGUACAAUUUGUCUCAGGAAUUUGAAGCAAAUAUCAUGCAAGACUGCAUCUGCAUGGUUUAGAUGGAAAAGUCACUGAGCUGCGAAUGACACAGAGAGAGGUGUUGACAUUCCGCUAAUCUAAAGGUUGGACAUGUUAUGUUAAUGCCGUCAACGCAGGAGGACACUCACAGCCUUCUUUACUUUCUCAUAGUGCACUGGCACAUUGACAAACCUCUCAAAGACAUAACCUCAUGCGGAUUUCACUCACAGACACACAUAAUAUCACUCUCCCACACACACAGACAGGCACAUACACAUUCCAGAGGUUGUGUGGAAUGUGGGACAGAUUGGUUGGCCCAGUCCUACCCCUCUAACAUCUCCUUGUCUAGUCCUGGCAGUCUCCUAACUGUGUAAUUAUGUUAAGGCCAUUUUCUUCCCAUAGUCACCUGACACUACCUUGUCAUGUCUGCAUCUUUAUGUAAAGUGUUCCUAAUGUUUCCCUUUUGUAUCUUCCAGACCGCCACAUCCAAUCCUUUCUCCUUACCUCCAUAUUCACCUCUUUCCAAACCCUUUCCCCAUAUUCCUGUGUGUGUAAUAAAUACCCAUAAUGCUGUAUUCCUCAUCUCCACUUCCUUAUUGCAUUCUGACCGAUACGUCAUGGUGGCAGCAGAAAUCCUAAAACAUCCUCAUACAGUCCUUACUUCAUUUUAUAAGUGUGCGUGUGUGCGCCCGUGUGUCAGUCCUGUGAGAAGCCAGUCAUCCAUUCAAACCAACAAACCACUCCUGGUUUAAAAAUGGACCUCUUGGAAAUAUCUGUCAUACUUGUUUUGGCAUGAUGACGUUGUUUUAGGUGAUGUUUUCCAUCUAAAGGCAGAGAACUGAUUUGGUCUGAUCUUUAUGGUUCAAACCUCAGACUCUCAACAUGCCCACCAAGUAUUUCUUGAUGCCUUACAGUAACAGUAUACAGGAAUACUAGUGUAGUGAGCCAUUGAGGUAAGUGUGGUUAGAGGGGGUGUAUUGGUCAGGAAGGCAUCUACUUGGUGAAAUAGGGCAGAGUUCAGUUCCACCAUUGUAGCUGCUAGGUUUGUAUAACCUGCUAUGGAGCACCCUUAACCUGUCAAAGUGUGUGACAAAAUAAUUGCUGUCACUGUAAAAUGUGCAAACUACCAUCAGGUCUUUCUGCCUGUGUCUAAUCUUCAAAGUCUUAGCAUGUAGGGGAAAUGUGGGUGUUCAACAAUGCAAAGAUUACAGCAGGGAAAAAUGCAGCCAGUACAUAGUUACUGCUUAGUUUUUCUGUUCAGUGAAGUACUAUAGCUACAGAGUACAGCAAUAACUACACUGUCACUACCUCAUUUCACAAGAUGCUGCAAUACACUGACAUACAGCGUACUCUAUCCCUCUCUCCCCCGCUCUCUCUCUCCCCUCUCUCUCUCCCCCCAUCUCUCUCCCCCCAUCUCUCUCUCCCCAUCUCUCUCUAUCUCUCUUUCUCUCUCCAUCUCUCUCACUCAUUCUCUCGCUCAAUGAUCCCAAGGAGCAAUGCAGUCAUUACUUGCUAAUGUGUAAUUACUGUUAAAGAACUACGUUUGCAGUGGUACUGUGUGUUAUUUUGUCAGUCAUUGCAUGAUAGCACAUGAGAAGUGAAGUGCCUCUGAGCACAUUCUCUCACAACAGAGAGAUUAUUUGCCUCUUUGAAGGUUUAUAUUGCUCUCCCAGCUAGUCUCUGUUAGAAUAAUUCAACCGUUCUUUCACAUGGUACAGCACUGCUCGCCCUCCCCCUACCCACCACUACACACACACGCACACACACACACACACACACACACACCACAAGGCCCACAGAGAGCUAAGGCAGACACACAUGAGGCUGAGGGAUAAAUAGGCUUUUUUCUACCCGUUGCUUGGUUGGGAGCAACGGUCGUUUGAGUUGAGAGCAGGCCUGUAUGUGCUGAUGAAGACUGUUGGAAUUUGUGUGGGUGCCAGGGGAAGCAUGCCCGCCCACGGCCGGCCAGGACGGCCCAAAGCCACAGGAACCACCAGCAGGCCUGCUCUUUCCCUUCAUCCUCAGCCUCUCUCCACCUCCUCCCUCCAUCUUCUCACACACGGUAAAAACAAAUGUUGGCCCAAACUUAGCUCCAACUUGAGCAAACGUAGGCAAAAAUUCAGUCAACUUAAAAUUAUGCAUUUGCUCAAAUUGUCUCAUGUUUAUUCAACUAGAAACUAUCUGGGCAUCUUAUCUUUAAACAAACGGCUGCAGAACAAGUCACACACACACACACAGUGCUUUUAACAUGCUAUGUUUUCAACUUACAUAUUUGACACACUGUACAUGAUUACUUUGUGCAUGUUCAUUUAUACAGUAAUUAACAUGUCCUCACCUAGGAUUUGAACUCUCAACCUCUUGGUUCACAGCAUUCCAAUCUUCCUACUACGCCUCCAUGUCUGUGUCAAUAACUGAUUUCACCUUUAUUGCUACACUUUGCACUUCAAAGUAAAUCUCAGCUCUGUUAAAAGUAAACUCAACAAAAACUAUUGUAUUUAUCAUAGUGAUUAAGGAGUAACAUUAAAAUAGUAAUAUGCCUCAUCAACAUUAGACAACUAUACAGAAAAACCGAAGUAAAUCAAAUAAUUGAUGAGAGAAUAGUCAGAUGAACUGAUAAUUGACACAGACAUGGUGGCAUUGCAGGAAGAUCAAAAUACCAUGAACCAAGAGGUUGUGAGUUCAAAUCCCAAGUGAGGACAUGUUGAAUAAUAAUUACUGUAUUCUGUGCAAAAGUAUUAAUCUCCUUUUGGCGUUUUUCCUAUUUUGUUGCAUUACAACCUGUAAUUAAAUAGAUUUUUAUUUGGAUUUCAUGUAAUGGACAUACACAAAAUAGUCCAAAUUGGUGAAGUGAAAUGAAAAAAAAAUUACUUGUUUCAAAAAAUUAUACUAAAUAAAUAACGGAAAGCUGGUGCGUGCAUAUGUAUUCACCCCCUUUGCUAUGAAGCACCUAAAUAAGAUCUGGUGCAACCAAUUACCUUCAGAAGUCACAUAAUUAGUUAAAUAAAGUCCACCUGUGUGCAAUCUAAGUGUCACAUGAUCUCAGUAUAUAUACACUUGUUCUGAAAGGCCCCAGAGUCUGCAACACCACUAAGCAAGGGGCACCACCAAGCAAGCAGCACCAUGAAGACCAAGGAGCUCUCCAAACAGGUCAGGGACAAAGUUGUGGAAAAGUACAGAUCAGGGUUGGGUUAUAAAAAAAUAUCCGAAACUUUGAACAUCCCACCAUUAAAUCCAUUAUUAAAAAAUGGAAAGAAAAUGGCACCACAACAAACCUGCCAAGAGAGGGCCGCCCACCAAAACUCACGGACCAGGCAAGGAGGGCAUUAAUCAGAGAGGCAACAAAGAAACCAAAGAUAACUCUGAAGGAGCUGCAAAGCUCCACAGCGGAGAUUGGAGUAUCUGUCCAUAUGAACACUUUAAGCUGUACACUCCACAGAGCUGGGCUUUACGGAAGAGUGGCCAGAAAAAAGCCAUUGCUCAAAGAAAAAAAUAAGCAAACACAUUUGGUGUUCGCCAAAAGGCAGGUGGGAGAUUCCCCAAACAUAUGGAAGAAGGUACUCUGGUCAGAUGAGACUAAAAUUGAGCUUUUUGGCCAUCAAGGAAAACAUUUACAUUUACGUCAUCAUAGAAAACGCUAUGUCUUUUGCAAACCCAACACCUCUUAUCACCCCGAGAACACUAUUCCCACAGUGAAGCAUGGUGGUGGAAGCAUCAUGCUGUCGGGAUGUUUCUCAUCGGCAGGGACUGGGAAACUGGUCAGAAUUGAAGGAAUGAUACAGGUAAAUACAGGGAAAUUCUUGAGGGAAACCUGUUUCAGUCUUCCAGAGAUUUGAGACUGGGAUGGAGGUUCACCUUCCAGCAGGACAAUGACCCUAAGCAUACUGCUAAAGCAACACUUGAGUGGUUUAAGGGGAAACAUUUAAAUGUCUUGGAAUGGCCUAGUCAAAGCCCAGACCUCAAUCCAAUUGAGAAUCUGUGGUAUGACUUAAAGAUUGCUGUACACCAGCGGAACCCAUCCAACUUGAAGGAGUUGGAGCAGUUUGCCUUGAAGAAUGGGCAAAAAUCCCAGUGGCUAGAUGUGCCAAGCUUAUAGAGACAUAUCCCAAGAGACUUGCAGCUGUAAUUGCUGCAAACGGUGGCUCUACAAAGUAUUGACUUUUGGGGGGUGAAUAGUUAUGCACGCUCAAGUUUUCUGUUUUUUGGUCUUAUUUCUUGUUUGUUUUGCUAGAAAAAAUAUUUUGCAUCUACAAAGUGGUAGGCAUGUUGUGUAAAUCAAAUGAUACAAACCCCCCAAAACAUCCAUUUUAAUUCCAGGUUGUAAGGCAAAAAAUAGGAAAAAUGCCAAGGGGGGUGAAUACCUUCGCAAGCCACUGUAAAUGAAUAUGUACAAUGUAAUCGUUUGUUAAAUAUUGUAUGUAAGUUAAACGCUUAAAUAAUCAUUUAUAGUUAAAUGAACAUAUGCGACAAGUUAAGCAAACACAUAAUUUUUGCCUACGUUUUCUUAAGUUGGAGCUAAGUUUUGGACAACGUUUAUUUAUUUUUUUCAGGUAGAGUUGAGUAAACUUAAAAAAGGCUGUGGAACCAGUUACUUAAUAAUAAUGAGUUGAAACAAGUACUUUGUUUUACAGUGCAGACUCCUUACGCUGCUGGGCCAUGAUCAUGCCUUCCUCCCAUGUGCUGCUGAAACAGUCCUCUGCUGGGCCAUGAUCAUGCCUUCCUCCCAUGUGCUGCUGAAACAGUCCUCUGCUGGGCCAUGAUCAUGCCUUCCUCCCAUGUGCUGCUGAAACAGUCCUCUGCUGGGCCAUGAUCAUGCCUUCCUCCCAUGUGCUGCUGAAACAGUCCUCUGCUGGGCCAUGAUCAUGCCUUCCUCCCAUGUGCUGCUGAAACAGUCCUCUGCUGGGCCAUGAUCAUGCCUUCCUCCCAUGUGCUGCUGAAACAGUCCUCUGCUGGGCCAUGAUCAUGCCUUCCUCCCAUGUGCUGCUGAAACAGUCCUCUGCUGGGCCAUGAUCAUGCCUUCCUCCCAUGUUCUGCUGAAACAGUCCUCUGCUGGGCCAUGAUCAUGCCUUCCUCCCAUGUGCUGCUGAAACAGUCCUCUGCUGGGCCAUGAUCAUGCCUUCCUCCCAUGUGCUGCUGAAACAGUCCUCUGCUGGGCCAUGAUCAUGCCUUCCUCCCAUGUGCUGCUGAAACAGUCCUCGGUACACUCUUGUCUGCUCCAUUAGAAUCUAUUUAUCCUGCUACUGGUCACUAUUACUCCUGUUUACAUGUAUAAUUUACCACUAGUAUAUAACCAUAAGUAUUUAUAUAUACCUGCUACCAGUCACUUACCAGCCCAGUUUACAUGUAUAUCCGUAUAUCACGCCCACACUUACACUCUUACACACACCCUCACACUUACACACACCCUCACACUUACACACACCCUCACACUUACACACACCCACCCACCACUUAUACUGAUGCCAUACUGUUUAGUAUUGUUAUUAAUACCUCAAACUACUCCAGUAUCCCUGCACAUUGUACAUUUGGUAUUGGCACUGACCCUGUAUAUAACUUUCUCUCUUAUUUAUUAUUUAUCGUGUUUUCUUUAUUAUAUAUCAUGUUUUAUUGGUUAUUAUUUUGAUAUUGAUUACUGCACUGUUGGAUAGAGCAUGCAAGUUAAGCAUUUCACUGUACUUGUGCAUGUGACAAAAAAACUUGAACUUGGUCUCAACAUCCAGGAAAGCCAAUUAUUUACAGUAGAACCGAGUGAGGGGUGGAAUGGGUAUGUCCGUUAUGGAUGAUGUCUGCCUGUCCAGCUCAGUAGGAAUGGGUCAUAUUUGUGUUGAGGAGAUGGAGACAGCAUAAAGGCUACCUGCAUCACUACCACAGCUCCCAUGGAUUUAUGAAGGACAAAUUAGAAUGUAUGAAUUUGACCUGGGGAUUUCUUUUUUUUAAACUAAUUUAUCUGAUUCAUUGAACACAGUUUGUUACUUAAACUUCAGUUAUAUUGACAUGUGCUCUUCCUCUCUCAGGCCUUUGUUUCGAGGAAGCUCAGAUGUUGAUCAGCUGGGCAAGAUUUUAGAGUAAGUACCAUGUUCUACGUCAUAUUUACAGUUAACAAUCAAUUGACAAAUAAAGAGGAUUGUGAUUAUGAUGAUGACGGUAAUGAUGACGACAAAAAUAGUGAUGAUGAUAAUGAUGAUCCUUCAGUGUGGUCGGGGUUCCCUCGGUGGAGGACUGGCCCCAGGAAGUAGCCCUACCACAGAGCGCCUUCUCCCCACGACCCCCUCAGCCAAUCGGAGAACUUGUCCCUGACAUGGACGAGAUGGGGAAAUCCCUUUUACUGGUGAGUAUCAGACACACUCAAAAUACAGUACAUACUGUUGCAAAUUGAUUUGUCCGAAGGGAAUUAAACUCGCACUUUUCUUUUUGUUAAGGAAAAUGUUAUAAUAAUAAUAUUUGUUUGAUCUUUCUCCAUACAGCAAUUCCUGGCGUUCAAUCCCUCCAGAAGGAUAUCAGCGUUUGCUGCUCUGACCCACCCCUACUUCCAGAGUGUGGAUAGUGACACUAAGAAUGUGUACGCCCAGCCCAUCGGCAGCAACAAGCCCACCCUGGAGGAGAGAGCUGCC